AUGAUCAGCCUCCCUCACGCGCUUCGUAGCGCUAGCACGACCAAUGUCAUUCGGGAUAGCAUCCAGUCUAUGUACGUGACCGGAUUGAGCGAAAACAAAUCGUCGGCUGCCUUUUGCAGUGCAGCGCUCAUCGCCCCCAUGUGGCUGCUUACGUUGGCAGAGUGUGUCAAUGCGUCAAAGUGGGCCGCAAUUGCAUCCAAUUCUUCGUUGGGCGACGAUGGGACAGAGCGCAUUGAAGUUGAUCGUUGGGUCCUGCAGCCCCACUAUACCAACAGCUCGGGCUAUCAGCAGUUGGCCUUGUUGGAACUGAAAACAGCAAGCCAGUACGCCCCAGCAAACAUCUCAUGGAACGACAACUUACCGGACAACUCCACUUUGUGGGUGCGUGGGUUCGACACUUCCACAUCGGACAAGUCCCUGGUGGAAACCACGGCGAAACUAUGGCGCUACGACGAGUGUGACAAGUUUUACUACGACCACCAAGAAUACGGACGAACACUCAACGAAUCCAUGCUGUGUCUUCGUGACAGUCAAUGCCAGCAAGAACGAGGCAGUGCGGUCAUGGUAAAUGUCAACGGUACAAGCCGAUUGAUUGGCCUUACCUACUGGCAAAGCGGCAACACCACCAUCGCCCCAGCAGUUUUCCUACCAAUCACAUCUGCAAAAGAGUUCAUUCAAUCCACCCUUCAAGCGACAACUUCUGCUAAUUCAUCCACGGCCUGGAUCGACCGACCCAAACCAACUAACACCAACCGGCUCAAUACCUCGACCUGCUGGCCCAACCCCAACUGGUCCCUCUCGUACAAGGCCUACACCCACUGGUUCCGUCAUGAGUCCAUCGGCUAG